UUCCUCUGUGGCUGUAAACCUGGCACCAUACCUGAGCAGGUGCUUUACAGAGACCUUGACCAUUUGUGCCAGGCACAUGUGACUAGAUCCUGACAUGGGUUUGCUCCACUUGGUUUUCAGCUCUGUUGGAAAGUGCCUGGAUGUAAUAUGCUUCCUUCUAGACCUUAAUUUCGUGAUCGUGAACACACUAGUCCGGCUGCUCCUGACACUAAUCUCCUUCAUUAACAGUUUGCCCAUGCUGCUUACGAGCUCUAUAAUGGAGUGCGGCAACUUAAUCCUGUUCUACAUGAUCACCGUGGUGAACGGGAUGACCACCGUGACCCACAAUGUGAUCGGAGGCUCGGUGCAGGUUCUCGGUGGCAUGCUGGAGAGCUGUAAGAUGAUGGGCUAUCUGACAGUGCAUUUACUCCUGCGCAUGAAGGAGCUUUUGCAUCGUGGCCUGAUCUCAGGACAGGGUGUGCUGCGCCAGGCCUGCGAGUGUUGUACCAUCGCGUUCAGCCUGUUGCUUUACUUUGUCAAUACGGUCAUCAACAUGCUGCUGAUUGGCACGCAGAACUUGUAUGCUGUGCUUGUCAGCUUGGUGGAGGCCAUCUCCAGCCCUUUACAAAAAGCCUUUGAGCUGACUUUGACUGUGAUGACGUUUUUUUACAGCACUCUGGUGGGUACCUCACUUCUUUUGUGGACGCCACUUAGGCUGGCUGUAGAGUUCCUGAGCUCGCUGGGGCACCUCCUGAUCAGCGUCUUCCUGCUCAACUCGUACGGACUGCUGGUUACAGUGUUUAUAAUUGUUGGCGCCACUGCCUACCUGAAUCCUGCCCUGAUUCAGGCGGGAACACAGAAAGUCCUCGACUAUGUCAACUCUGUGCCCGCUUUGCGCCAGCUCCAGAGGACAUUACGGCGGCUUCAGAGGACAUUCCAGAGGCUUUAUUUGCUGGCGCGACACUUGUGGCAGAGCAUGGCUGGGGCACGCAGUCGUCUCAACCCCUGGACUGCAGGACGAAGAGCUGUCGGAGCAGACGAUGCAAACGUUGAGCGAGAAAAUGCCGAAGGCGAUGCAGCGGAUUUACCCGGUGAACCAGAAAUGCAAGACGACGAUGCCUUAGAUCACCCCCAGGACCCGCCUCUAGUGCCUGAUCCCGUGGACACGGCCGUGCCUAGUUCGAGCACCCACAGGCCCCUUCAGAAAAUGCCAUCGGAGGAGGGCAGCAAGGCUAGCCCCGCUGAGAACCUACUUACACUCCUUCAGGAGCAGGAGGAAAGAAAGAAGUGCGUGAUCUGCCAGGAUAGCAGCAAGACUGUGGUGCUUCUGCCGUGUCGUCAUUUGUGCUUGUGCAGGGACUGUACGGAUAUCUUGCUUCAUCAGCCCAUCUACCAGCAAAACUGCCCACUUUGCCGCCAUAUGAUCCUCCAGACCAUGGAUGUAUAUCUGUGAGAGACUUGGAUAGGUUAAUUAAUCUCAGGUUAAUGAAAAAAGCAUGAUUGAUUGGCUGUGUUUGAAAUGGCAUACUACAUAUUGACCCAGUAUACAUAUACUACUCUAUAGUUGAAUGCACCAGGUAUUUAAGUGCAUUAUGGCACUAGUGGUUAUACAGUAUGCAUGAUCUGUAAAUCAGAGCUGGGUGUAUACUGGGUGUGAGUAGUAUUUUUUGUAUGUCAUUUCUAACACAGCCGUUGAGUGGUGUCAAUCAUUAAAGCCCAUGUUCACACCAGCAAUGUUUUUUACAUCACCCAAAUCACUACUUAAAUCACUACUUAAGUUUACACUGUGUUAAUUGCUUUGCUGAGUAAUGUCCAGCUAGUUUAUGGUUUGGCUUGUGUCAUGUGUCACCUUUAAUUCUCUGUUGGUUCUAAUGAGUUACACUGAUCAGCCAUAACAGUAAAACCACCUCCUUGUUUCUACACUCACUGUCCAUUUUAUCAGCUCCACAAUUACGGACUGUAGUCCAUCUGUUUCUCUACAUACUUUUUUUUAAGCCUGCUUUCACCCUGUUCUUCAAUGGUCAGGACCCCCACAGGACCACUACAGAGCAGGUAUUAUUUAGGAGGUGGAUCAUCCUUAGCAUUGCAGUGACACUGACAUGGUGGUGGUGUGUUAGUGUGUGGUGUUCUGGUAUGAGUGGAUCAGACACAGCAGCACUACUGGAGUUUUUAAAUACCGUGUCCUCUCUUUGUCCACUCUAUUAGACAAUCCUACCUAGUUGGUCCACCUUGUAGAUGUAAAGUCGGAGACGAUCGCUCAUCUGUUGCUGCUAUUUGAGUUGGUCAUCUUCUAGACCUUCAUCAAUGGUCACAAGAUGCUGCCCACAGGGUGCUGUUGGCUGGAUGUUUUUGGUUGGUGGACUAUUCUCAGUCCAGCAGUGACAGUGAGGUGUUUGAAAACUGCAUAAGCAUUGCUGUGUCUUAUCCACUCAUACCAGCACAACACACACUAACACACCACCACCAUGUCAGUGUCACUGCAGUGCUGAGAAUGAUCCAUCAUCUAAAUAAUACCUGCAUGCAGAGUCAGUAAUUGUAGAACUACAAAGUGCUUCUAUAUGGUAAGUGGAGCUGAUAAAAUGGACUGUGAGUUAUGCCUGAUUGGUGUAAAGCAGUAUGUCGAAUAUCUUUAGUUCACAUAAAAACAAAUAUCUGAUAGGAAGCACAUUGCUUCGCUUAAAUUCUUAUUUCUUAUUUAUAUUAUGUUCUGUUCAGUUUGAACAUUGCGCUGCCGGUGUGAACAUUCAGAAUGUCUGUGCAGAAUUUUAAGAGCUAUACCACAAAGCAGGAUUUGUUGGUUGGCAAGCUUACUUUGGGGUUUUACUCAGUCAUGACAGUAGCUUUAUAGGUAGUUCAACAUCUAACCAGCCUUGUCACCACAGUAUCUGCCUAUUGAUAUCUUACCUGCUUGGGUACAGGCUAAACUGUGGUUUAGGAAGAUGUUUCAUAUUUAAACUAGUUAAAUUCCUUCAGGUCUGACUCAGGAUUAUGUUGCACUUGUAAACCAAAUUUAAAACAAGGACAUAGUAAACUCAAAGAUGAGACCAAAAAAUGUACACACACUUCAAUAAAAUAAACCUGUAUAAAAUCAGCUCCACUUACCAUAUAGGAGCACUUUGUAGUUCUACAAUUACUGAUUGUAGUCCGUCUGUUUCUCUGUAUGCUUCGUUAGCCCCCUUUCAUGCUGUUCUUCAAUGGUCAGGACCACUACAGAGCAGGUAUUAUUUAGGUGGUGGUGUGUUAGUGUGUGUUGUGCUGGUAUGAGUGGAUCAGACACAGCAGCGCUCCUGGAGUUUUUAAAUACCGUGUCCACUCACUGUCCACUCUGUUAGACACUACUACCUAGUUGUUCCACCUUGUAGAUGUAAAGUCGGAGACGAUCGCUCAUCUGUUGCUGCUAUUUGAGUUGGUCAUCUUUGAGAUCUUCAUCAGAGGUCACAGGACGCUGCCCACGGGGCGCUGUUGGCUGGAUAUAUUUGGUUGGUGGACUAUUCUCAGUCCAGCAGUGACAGUGAGGUGUUUAAAAACUCCCAUCAGCACUGCUGUGUCUGACCCACUCAUACCAGCACAACACACACUAACACACCACCACCAUGCCAGUGUCACUGCAGUGCUCCGAAUGAUCCACCACCUAAAUGAUACCUGCUCUGUAGUGGUCUUGUGGGGGUCCUUACCAUUAAUGAACAACAUGAAAGGGGGCUAACAAAGCAUACUGUAGAAGUACAAAGUAGUAACUGUACAAAGCAGUAAUUGUAGAAGUACAAAGUGCUUCUAUAUGGUAAGUGGAGCUGAUAAAAUGAUUUUAACGCCUAUAUAUACACAACAUAUUAGCAUCUUUGUUAGUCAUCACUCUAGGCCAAAGAUCACAUGUGCACCCAUGUUAUUUGCUACAGGAAUGUGAAUGCCAAUACUGAUUCCAUGAUACUAAUUAACUGUGAAUGUAAAAGUAGCCACCUUUAAAAUGCUGGGUGUGUUGAGCUUGCUUUUUGGUAUAGCCCUCCGGUGUCCAUUCCACUGUGCUGAUACUUUGCUACUGUUUGUUGAGAAGACACACAAUCAUUCCCUUUUAUAUACAGUACUAGUGAGCUUUAAUCAGCCUGUGACUAAUGCACACUUUUCAUAUGAUUGUCAUAAAUAAGCUUUUGUAUUGAUUGAUUGAUUGUACAUUAAAGUUUUAUACUCGA